AAAUUGACCGUCCGCCGGCGUGGUUCGAAUUCUCGUGGUCAAGCGAAGUGACCGAUAUUCGCGAAGCUUGUUCAAAUCGUUCGUUUCAAAAACACGUGGACGAAUGACAUUGACAAGAAGAUAAUAACCCGCUAGGACUAAUCCAGGCACAUAUCUUACAUUUUAAUUUAAUUAAAAUAUAAAGGAUUAAAUAGCAUCUGGAAAGCGCGCUCGGGUGGUUUAAACAGAUGAAAACUGACAAGUGAAAAGAUUUCGCCGGGAAAUGAGUCUGCUAGUGAAAACAUAUCGUUGAUGGAAUACUACCAAGAACAGUUUAGUGAAUCAUGAAGCUUCUGCUGAAAAUACACAACAAAGAUCGCAACUAUUCCAGCCAACAACGAAGACGUAAAUUUUACCGUCGUGCAUCCAAAUCAUCUUCGAGUGCGUCCAGCACAGAAUCGUGCCAUCGGAUAGCAUCUAAUCAGGAUGAUUCGAGCACGAUACUUUCAUCUGCUAGUGCGGUAGCUGCCCGAUGUAGGUUUUUGCUCCGGACGGGUUUGGUUGUUUAUCCUGGUCGUAACAACCAAAAUCGAGGACUUCCUUCACCAGAGCCGACAUCCGUUUUACGACAGGAGCGAUAUUUCAUCUACGGAGCACUAAUAUUGCUUACAAUCGUUGCCUUUUCGGUGGCACUAUAUUUUAUCAUCAACCAAACACAAAGCAAUCAACCAACUAGUCAGCCGGACAUUCUCUUCGGCAACAAUUACAUCUCGGGAACUAUUCCGAAUCUCGGCAACGGCCACUUGGUAAUCGAUCGUAACAAUUGGGGCGCUCAGGUUUCGAUCCGAGGACCAUACCCUCUAAAUAAACCCAUACCGUAUGUGCUGAUUACCCAUAUUGGCGUCCAGUCCACACCAUGUCCAGAUAUGUACAAAUGCUCAAUCAAGAUGCGAUCCAUCCAAGAUGCGGCGGUAGCCGAAAUGAAACUACCGGAUAUACCGAACAACUUUUACCUCGGAGGUGACGGAUUCAUCUAUGUUGGUCGAGGUUGGGACAUUGCCAACGCGUAUGCCAACCAGACGUUGUCGGUUUGCUUUAUGGGAGACUACAUCCGGUAUGAGCCCAACGAGAAACAGUUUUCAGCUUUGGACCAUCUGCUAGCGCACGGAGUCGCCGAACAAUAUUUAACACCCAACUAUAAAAUUGUGACACACAAUCAGACUAAAUCAACCAAAAGUCCCGGCCCAUACAUCUACAGACGGGUAUCGAAACUACCCCGCUGGUCACCUUGCGGCAAUCCUGGCUUCAGCAAGUGCGGAUCCGAACUCGAUCUGCCUGCGGUGUGGGAUCAAGACUUCCCCAAAAAAAGUAAUUCCACCCCGAGGGAUGCGGUAUAAAUAAAAUCAGCUGAUUAGCAACAACAUUGAGCCGCAAACCUCUUUCAUCAAUAAGCUAAUCAUUUUCAACAAUAAUUCCCGUGCACAUUUGUAGUAUUAUGCCUUCGAAUUGUGAAGAUACUAAUAAAUCAACCCAGAGAUACUAGCAGUGCCUACGACAACUGUGUAGCAAAACGAAUAAGCAAACAAUUGAAUAAGCCUCGAACGGAAAUUGGCACUUGAACUGAGCAGUAAGAUCUAAUUAUAAGUGGAUAAAGAGUUGUUUACAUAGUUGAAUAUUCAAUUCAAUUUACCUUAUCAAAGUGUGGCUGAAAAACUGAAAUAUUUGUGCAUUACCGUUGACAUCAUCGUUUUUCAAGUUUAAAUCAAAUGACUUUCAUCAUUAAACUAAAGAAUAUUGCUCGAAAUUUCAUUGAUCACCAAUCAUCGUUUUAUUGCUAGCGUGUAGAUAUUACUUUUGAAAACCGUAAAUAGUCAUGUUAUAAUUAAGAUUUACUUUAUAAUUGGAUGUGAUGUUUAAUAAUAAUCAGAAUUUAAGUAAU